CAGUGGGGAGCCUGACCUAGUGGAUAUCCAUGGCUCACCCCCUCACCUAUCCCAGUACCCGGAACUUACAGCCUCAUCUUCCUGCCCCCUCCAGACUGAGACCAGCCCCUGAAGCUCCCGCUCAGGCCUCGCCAUUGGCCUUCCUUCUCCUUUCAGUACUCUGGUGUCUGGUCCUCUCUGCGCCUGCCCACCCUCUCAGGGAGGUGCCUCAUGGCAGCCCGCCCCUCCGGCCUGGUUUCCUCAGGAAAAGCCUUGGGAGGAAGCAGGGAGGGGGUUGGGAGCUGUGGGGGCCAGACUAACCCAAGCCCUCCCACUGCACUGGCCGCCAUGGGGCUGGGGCUCCUCUUCCCUCUGCUGCUGCUCUGGACUCGGGGGACCCAGGGGUCUGAGCUGGACCCCAAUGGGCGGCACGUCUGCAUGGCCAGCAGCCCCUCUGCUGAGCUCCAGUGCUGCCCAGGCUGGAGGCAGAAAGAUCGAGAAUGCACCACUCCCAUCUGCGAGGGGCUGGACGUCUGCCGGGAAGACGAGGUAUGUGUGAAACCAGGCCUCUGUCGAUGCAAACCUGGAUUCUUCGGGGCCCGGUGCAACUCCCGCUGCCCGGGCCAGUACUGGGGCCCCGACUGCCGGGAGAACUGCGCCUGCCACCCACACGGCCAGUGCGAGCCGGCCACGGGCGUGUGCCACUGCCAAUCCGACCGCUGGGGCGACCGCUGCGAGUUCCCGUGCGCCUGCGGUCCCCACGGGCGUUGCAACCCCGAGACUGGCGCGUGCCGCUGCGAGCCCGGCUGGUGGUCGCCCACGUGCCGCCGCCCGUGCCAGUGCAACCCGGCGGCGGCGCGCUGCGAUCAGGCCACCGGCUCCUGCCUGUGCGAGCCGGGCUGGUGGGGCCGCCGCUGCAGCUUCCGCUGCGCCUGCCACGGCUCGCCGUGCGCGCAGGAGUCGGGCCGCUGCGCCUGCCGGCCGGGCUGGUGGGGCUCCGAGUGCCGGCAGCCUUGCGAGUGCGUGCGCGGCCGCUGCAGCGCCGCCUCCGGCCUGUGCACAUGCCCGCCCGGCUUCCGCGGCGCGCGCUGCGAGCUGCCCUGCCCCGCAGGCCGCUACGGGCUGCAGUGCCGCGACAGCUGCGGCCACUGCAAGCAGCAUGAGCCAUGCUCUGCAGACACAGGCAGCUGCGAGUCCUGCGAGCCGGGCUGGAAUGGGACGCAGUGCCACGAACCCUGCCCUCCUGGCACCUUUGGCGAGAGCUGCAGGCAGCAGUGCCCCCACUGCCGGCUUGGGGAGGCCUGCCAGCCAGACACCGGGCACUGUCGACAUUGUGACCCUGGCUGGCUGGGGCCCAGGUGUGAAGACCCCUGCCCGAUUGGCACCUUUGGGGAGGGUUGUGGCUCUACCUGCCCCACCUGCGUCCAGGGGGCCUGCGAUGCUGUGACUGGGGAGUGUGUCUGCAACGCCGGCUACUGGGGGCCCAGCCUGUCUCUCCUGUCACCCCAAAGCUGCAACACUUCAUGCCCAUCUGGCUUCCAUGGAAACAACUGCUCUGUUCCCUGCGAAUGUCCAGAGGGAAACUGCCACCCUGUCUCUGGGGCCUGCCAGCUGGGAUCUCAUAGUCAGGAUGCCGCCCUCAUUGCGGGCAUUCUUGUGCCUCUGCUGCUUCUCCUCCUGGCCAUCGCCUGCUGUGCCUGCUGCUGCUGGGCUGCCCGGUUGGACCCCAAGGACAGGCCAGCGAGAGAUGGAACCGCUAUGUCCAGGAUGAAGCUGCAGGUCUGGGGGGCACUGACCUCCAGCCUGGGCUCUGCACUGCCCUGCGGUUCCCUCAGCAGUCACAAGCUUCCCUGGGUGACAGUCUCGCACCAUGAUCCGGAGAUCCCCUUCAACCAUAGCUUCAUCGAGCCGCCCUCGGCUGGCUGGGCCUCGGACGACUCCUUCUCUACUGACCCCGAGUCUGGAGAAGAGGACGAGGGUCCUGCCUACUGCGUGCCGCCCCAAGAAGGGAUGGUCCCUGUUGCCCAAGCAGAGUCACCAGAGGCCAGCCUGGCCGGAGGUCCCUUCCCUCCCCCUGAGGACGCCUCCACGCCGUUUGCCAUCCCGCGCACUUCCAGCCUAGCUCGGGCCAAGCGGCCGUCGGUCUCCUUUGCUGAAGGCACCAAGUUUGCACCACAGAGUUGCCGAGGCUCGGGGGAGCUCUCCAGCCCUCUCCGUAAGCCCAAGAGGCUCUCCCGGGGGGGCCAGCCAGGUCCUGAAAGCCAGGAGGCCGAGGAGUCCACAGGCCCAGAGCAAGCAGAAGUGAACGGGGCCCCUCCUGGUGCCGCCAGCCCCAGGGAUUCAGCCAUUGGCCGCCGCCGGCUCCCACUUAGUGGCCGGACAGUGGCUGAACGUGUGGAAGCCAUUGAGGGCAGUGUCCAGGAGAGUGCAGGCUCUGUGACCACAAUCUACAUGCUGGCAGGGACACCCCGGGGAUCUGAGGGCCCCGUCCGGUCUGUCCUCCGCCGUUUUGGUAGCUUCCAGAAAGGCCAGGCAGAGCCCAAGGUCAAGAGUGCCAUCCCCAAGCCUCCACGCCGGGCCCUGAGUCGGAACAAGGGCAGCCCCGGGCUGGCCUCUGGCUCUGCCAAUCAGAGCUCCAGCUCAGCCCCAAGUGAGGAGCUGACUGGGGCCUUGGAGUCUGCAGGGACUGGGCCAGAGGAAGUGGCCAGUGGGCUAGGGGAUGGCAUCAAGAGCUCAGGGAGAGGCCAGGAGCUGGUCCCUGAGGGUGGUCCCCUAGAACAGGAUCCCCAGAAGCUGGCUGACGAGGAAGGGCAGGAGGAGCCCCAGUAUGAGAAUGUCGUACUCAUCUCUGGGCCACCAGAGCCCUGAGGACCUUGAAUUUCGUGAGUGGGAAGACUGUGGAUGGUGCUUAGGCAUCCGAACUGCCCCAAAUUAGACUGUGUUUUGUGCUGGGAAAAGAUCCCAGGGCCAGGAAAGACACGCUGGAGCUCCCGCACUUCCACCGGGACGUGUCAGAGCUGGAGGCUAGUUGGCUCUGGCCCUGGCUGUGCUCUGGGAGUCAGUCUGGAAGGCCUGGGCAGAGACCCCACGGGAUGGGGUCAGGAAGGGGAAAGAGAUGGCUGCAGGGACUUUUUCUCUGUUGUCCUGUACUCUGUUUGCUCCCAAAGGCUAUUCUUUCCUUCAUUUGCAAAACAUUUUUCUGAAAUGGGAAACAACCUAAAUGUUUGAUGCUAAAAGAUUAAUUAAAGAGCUAUUCCUUAUGAAAGGUUCCUAAACAACCAUAAUAAAUCAGGUUGUGUAAGAAUAUUUAGUAUGGGAGCAUGUUCACACUAUCCUGCUACGUGUAAAAAGUAAGUUUUCUUUUUACAAAUUUCAUUCCUUUUGGCCUCAGAAUAUAUGUUUAGAGUUCUUCCAUUUUGUGUUUAUUUUGUGACUGUUUUACAGACUUUUUAAAAAAAGAUGUAUGUGCAUAAAAAAGAUUUGAGGGAAAGGCAUCAAAUGGCAUUCUUCUCUGGGAGAUGAGAUUGUGGCAGAUAUUUAUUUUCUUCUUAAAUUUUUGAAUAAUUUGCAAAUUUUCUACAGUGAACGUUCUUUUUACUUUUCUCACUAGGUUGAAUAUUUAAAAUUAUAAUAGGCAAUAUUCUUCAUUAAAAAUAAAAAGUACUAACAUUAUAGACAUGUCUAGAGUAAAAAUGAGAUUUCUCUUCUCCCCAGAGGAUUCUGGGGGAUGAAGGAGGGGCCAGACUUAAUUUUCACGGAAUGCCUGUUGGUCUAGUUCUGAAUACUCUCCUCGCAUACUUGUAUUAGCCAGUCAGGAAAUAAAGAGCAAGUCCCUCUGUCCCAGUGUGCAGAGAAUCUCAUGAACAGUUUAGAUGCUUCCUUUCAAAUGUUUUUCUGUGCGCGUGAAAACAAAAGAACAUACUGUUCUGCAAUUUGCUUUUUUACUUAACAAUAUAACCUGGCUAUCUUUUGAUGUCAGUAAAUAUAAAGCUACCUCUUUUUAUAAAAAAUGGCUGCAUGGGAUUCCAUCAUGUGGAAAUAAUACAGGUUAUUUAAACCAUCCCCUGCCUAUGGGGAUGUGGGUUGUUUCUAAUCGUUUUGAUACAAUAAAUGAUGCAGUGGACAACAUUGGUCUACAUUUCCUUUUGCAUCAGUGCUAGGUUUUCUGUAGCAGAGCUUCCUGGAGGUGGAAUUGCUGGGUUAUGGGGUAAGAAAAUUAAACAUUUGAGUAUUUACUCCAAUUGGCCCUCCAAAAAAAGUUGAAUGGCUUUGUGUUCUCAUAAAUUAUGUUGGCAUCUAUUUCCCCACACCCAAUCUGAUAGGUUAAAAGAGAUAUCUCAUUAUUUUA